CAUUUCACAUGUCAUAAAACCCCUCAUUCUCUACAAGUUGACUCACCAAAAUCCAUUGCUACUCACUUUUGCUUUUGUUGGAGCAUUGUUUGAGCAAUGGGAGAUGAGGUGAUUCUCUUGAAUUUGUGGUUAAGCCCUUAUGGGAUGAGGAUCCGGAUUGCACUAGAGGAAAAGGGCAUCAAGUAUGAGAAUAGAGAAGAGGACUUAAGCAACAAGAGUCCUUUGCUCCUGCAAAUGAACCCAGUUCAUAAGAAAAUACCAGUUCUCAUUCACAAUGGCAAACCAAUAUGUGAAUCACUCAUUGCUGUUGAGUAUAUUGAUGAGGUUUGGAAUGAUAAGUCUCCCUUGUUGCCUUCUGAUCCUUAUCAGAGAUCACAAGCUAGAUUCUGGGCUAACUAUGUUGACACCAAGAUAUAUGAGAUUGCCAUAAAGUUUUGGACAACUGAAGGAGAAGAAAAAGAAGCUGCCAGGCAAGAAUUUCUGGAGUGUCUGAAGCUAUUGGAAGAGCAACUCGGGGAUGAGCCUUAUUUUGGUGGAGAAAACCUUGGCUUUGUGGAUGUUGCACUUGUUCCUUUGUUCUGUUAUUUUUAUACCUUUAAUUUAUAUGGAAAUUUCAUCAAGGAGGAACAGUACCCCAAAAUCAUUGCUUGGGCUAAGAGGUGCACUCUGAAAGAGAGUGUGUCCAAGAGUUUUCCCGAGGAGCAGAAGGUCAAAGAUCACGUUUCUCAGAAGAGAAAGAAUUUAAACAAAGGGUAGACUAGAGGCAGGGUGCAUAUUGGAAAAUCUAGUCACUUGAGUGCUGUAUAAUAUGAAUAAUGGCAUUACAAAACAGCACUUAUAUGUGUGUGCCUUUGGUUUUGCUGCUUAUUCUUUUCAAAGGAUAUUUUGUGACCCCCAAUGCAACAUUGUCUUUUAUUUUCACCAAAUUGUAUUAAUAUGUCACAUAUAUAUCAAUGGAUAAA